AUUAAAAUGAGCAAUAAAAGACUAAGCAAUUCUUCUCAAUAAUAGCAACAAUAAAAAAAACCAAGUUUCAAUGAUCAACCAGUUAUAAUACCUAACAAAGAAGACGAUAAAAAAAGUUUGAAUGGUAGUUAAAUAAAUGAAUCACAGGAUGGAGUUUAAAAAUAAUAAUAAUAACAAUCCAAGUUUGAGCUCCCUUAAAUCCCUAAAUUUUAAAGUUUACCUUUAAGAGACUAUUUUGACAAUAAUUUAAGUGCAAUAUUAUUGGAAGGUUUAAAAGAGAUUGGAAGAUAAAGGUAAUUAUUUUGAAAUUAUUAUAGACCUGAAAAUCCAACUAAAUUUUUAGGAGAAUAUCUGCUUUCAUAGGAUAAAUAAAAAUGAAUAUAUUCAUAAAAC